CCAAUCAGCUUCCGCCACCUCAACCUCCUACAAAUAAAUUGCGUCAUAACAAUUUUUUCCCCAAAUUCAGAAUUACGCACACACACAGAAAAAAAAAAUCCCACAAAAUUCAAAAUUCAAAAAUUUCGCACAAAUUUUCGAAUAUUCGAAUAUAUAAACUAGAUAUUUUUCAAUAAGUUAGUCGAAUUUCAAGUUUUCAGCUCGAUUUUUCCUUUGUUUUCUCAGUUGUUGAAAAGGGACCUCUAAUAUCAUCAUUGGGCUAAAAUUCUGCAUUGUUAUCAAUCAUGAAGUAUCUGGAAUAUACCCCUCUUGAUCGGAUAAAUGAUUUUCUGAGUCAUGUGAACCUUGGAGAGCGAACAAUUAAAGGAUGUCUUGAGGCGUACUCUUGUAAACAUACAGGAACCGAUAAGAAACUAUCGCUUAGUUUGGAGAAUGAGAUUUUUGAUUAUCUUGGAAAAUCAUCGGAUACCGAUUCUUCUUCACCUGUGGAAUAUCUAAUCUGUAGAUCCAGCCGGAAAACAUUGAUAUAUCUACUCCUUGCUCUCUAUCACAUGUAUCCAGAUUAUGACUUCAGUGCAGUGAAAGCUCACCAGUUUUUCACUGAAGAGAACUGGGACAGUUUUAAGCAGAUAUUUGACAUCUACAUGUUUGAGGCUUCUAAGGAAUGGCUUGACACAAAUGAAGGCAGUCCUCUGCUUGAAAACUUGUACAAGACUUUAGACGAGGUUGUGAAAGUUGCUGAAUGUGAGAUCUACACUUACAAUCCGGAGGCAGAUGCAGAUCCAUUUCUCGAGAGAGGAGCCAUAUGGUCAUACCAUUUUUUCUUCUACAAUAGAAGGUUGAAACGUGUCGUGAGUUUCCGCUUCAGCUGUGUGAGUAACUUGGUUGGUGAAGGACUUCUAGACGACUCAAGUUUUGAUGAGGACGGAGAGAUUUUUGAUGGCAUGGACAUGUGAAUACAGCAUAGUGUUGUAUAUCCUUAAACCUUGUAUCGAAUUAGUGUUGUACAAUUUGAUAGUAUGUACUGAAACUAUAUCGUAAAUAAGCAUCAUCCUUGUCUAGUUUGAAGGUUGAGGUAGCGACUCUCUCGCUGCUUCUUGAGGUGGUCAUGUGUUCUCUCCUGUCAUGAAGAUUGUGCAAAGUUAUGGGUGGCAUUACUCUUGCCCUACUCUUAAUAAGUUCCUUUUGUUUUGAUGAA